CAUAUACAAAAGUACCAAAAUAAGACUUUCAUGUUUUUUUUCCCGGAAUAAGACUUUGCACUGUGGUAAUGUGACUUUGCAUUGUGGUAAUGUGGCAGUGUACAUGUACAAAUUACUAUACUUUCUUGGUAAUGUAUAUAACUAUGUUUGGUAAUGUAAGUACUAUUUUGGGAAUAAAAACAUGGAAGUCCUAUUUUAGUAUAUUUUCAAUGUUUUAGUCCUACUUUGGUCUUUAAAAAUAGAAUAAAUUUGAAAAUGGAGUUUAGGGGAGCUCCCUUUAGAAAUUGGUUGUUUUCUUUUGUGCGUUUUCGCCGUAACAACCACCGCAAAAAAUGGGUAAACCCAUUACCCGAUCUGCCUCCACUCAAUCCGUUACUAUCAACGCCGCAGCUAAGCCCACGCCAUCUAAAAUCCCCUUUCUAGCCCGAAAAAUCCGCAAACAAACCCCUAAAAUCACAGCCGCCGCCAUUGCCGUCGACUCCGCCGUUGACAAACCCAAGCCACUAUCAUAUCCCGGCGAAAUCGCAACCGCUCUAAACCACCUGAAAUCCUCCGACCCCCUCCUCGCAACCCUAAUCGAAGCCCACAAACCCCCAACAUUCGAAUCCCAAGCGCCGCCGUUUCUCUCGCUGGCCAAAUCGAUCCUCCACCAACAACUCGCAACCGGCGCCGCCAGAACGAUCUUCGGCCGCUUCCUCGCGCUCUGCGGCGGCGAAUCAAACGUUCUCCCCGAAACCGUCCUCUCCCUGACUCCGCAACAGCUCCGCGAGAUCGGUGUCUCGGGCAUGAAAGCAAGCUACCUCCACGACUUGUCCGAGAAAUACGCGAACGGAUCACUGUCCGAUUCGUUGAUUCUGGCGAUGGACGACGAGAAAUUGAUGGAGAGCUUGACGAGAGUGAAGGGGAUCGGGGUCUGGUCGGUGCACAUGUUCAUGAUGUUCUCGUUGCACCGGAGCGACGUGUUGCCGGCCGGCGAUCUGGGGGUCAGAAAAGGAGUUCAAGCAUUAAAUGGGCUGAAGGGAUUGCCAGAAGGAUCGGAGAUGGAGAGGAUUUGCGAGAAAUGGAAGCCGUACAGGUCUGUUGGAUCUUGGUACAUGUGGAGAUUGAUGGAAGCUAGUAAAUCAGUGGCUAAGAAAACCAAAUCGUCGAGGUCUUCUUCUUCUUCUUCUUCUUCUAAAAAAGCUGGCACCUCCAAGAAGUAGGUUGCAGAUCGACAUAUGAUCUUCAUCUCUAAUCUCUAGUCAAUAGUAGCCUUGAUGUACUCUCUCAGAGUCUCAGCGACAUUGUGGGGGAGCUUAGGUCUUCUAUGAACCUUUGGCGAAUAUACUAAGACGACAAUC